AUGGCUCUCCCCUUCCACGCCCCGGCCGACCUGCCCCUGCCGCCUGGAGCGUGGGACGCCCUGCAGGUGCUUCUUGCUGACGACCAGGAGGACGCAGGUGGGUCGCAGGUAAGGUGGGCUUAUCACGUGUUGCGUCACGUCUAUGGUUUGGACUUGGAGUCUGAUGAAGUGGAAUUUGACAUCCACCACUGGGAUCAAGCUCUCGUGCCAGAGGCCGGCAUGGACGAUGACGCGGACUGGGAGGACUGGGACGCCUCCCCCUUGGACUUUUUCUGGGAUGAGAACAGUGACUGGGACGAUGCACUUGUCCCAGACGAUGAAGAGGACGACCAGGACGCGAAGAGUGAGGAGGAAGACCAGGACACAGAGGGUGAAGAGGACAACCAGACUGUGCCGGAAUGGUCCCCUUCGUCUCGCAGUCCAGAUCUCGUUCCCUCCCGUCGCCCUGUGAGCUUCCUGGACUUUGAGCCCCUAGCAGGGGCCAGGCGCCACAGGAACGAAGAGGAGGAUAAAGAGGACAACCAGACUGUGCCAGAAUGGUCCCCUUCGUCUCGCAGUCCAGAUCUCGUUCCCUCCCGUCGCCCUGUGAGCUCCCAGGACUUUGUGCCCCUAACAAGGGCCAGGCGCCACAGGGACGAAGAGGAAGAGGAGGAGCCCAUCUCCAAGAGGCCACGCUUUUCCUACGACGAGGACAUGUUUGAGGAGCCCACCCUCUGCUGGGACUUGGAGACAGGAGUCCGCAGCAUCCAGCAUGUCCCGAUGGAGCUGUCCCUGAUGGAGCUGUCCCUGAUGGAGCUGUCCCUGAUGGAGCUGUCCCUGAUGGAGCUGUCCCUGAUGGAGCUGUCCCUGAUGGAGCUGUCCCUGAUGGAGCUGUCCCUGAUGGAGCUGUCCCUGAUGGAGCUGUCCCUGAUGGAGCUGUCCCUGAUGGAGCUGUCCCUGAUGGAGCUGUCCCUGAUGGAGCUGUCCCUGAUGCAGCAGUCUCUGAUGGAGCUGUCCCUGAUGCAGCAGUCUCUGAUGGAGCUGUCCCUGAUGCAGCAGUCUCUGAUGGAGCUGUCCCUGAUGCAGCUGUCCCUGAUGCAGCUGUCAAUAGGAGCAUCAGAGGACGAUGAACAAAUCCACACAGACCUCAUUCCCAGCACCAAGACUAGAAUCUCCAACACAAUGCAGGAAAAGAAAUCUGCAGAUGAGAGCGCUUGA